AGUUGUUGAAGCCUGAAGCUAGCAUGAGGGGAGGAGGCUUCAUUCAUUGUCUGCUCUGUUUAGUACUUUAUUAACCAAAGCUUUGUCAAACGGUAAAAUGCCUCUAACGCCACUGGUUUACUGGGCUCAACGCCAUGAAGAAAUUUAUCUGCGGGUGGAGCUGACAGACGCUCAGAAUAUAGAUGUAUGUGUAAAUGAAAAGGUGCUUCAGUUCAGAGCCCAAGGCCAUGGUGCAAAAGGACAAAAUGAAUACGAGUUCAGCUUGGAGUUUCUUUCAUCAGUAAAACCAGAGGUGAGCCACAAGUCCACUCAGAGGCAGGUGAAUAUUACAGUGAGAAAAGAGCAGCGAGGCUGGUGGGAAAGACUGAUAGAGCAGGAGCGCAAACCAGUCUUCCUGGCACCUGAUUUUGACCGCUGGCUGGACGAAUCAGAUGCUGAGAACGAGAUCCGUGAAAGGGAGGAGAAAAGGAAGAGGCUGAAGGCUUCAAAACAUACAGAUGAAGGAUUUGUCAGCCUUAAAACAGGAUUCUUGUUCGUAUACAACCUUGUCCAGUUCCUCGGUUUUUCUUGGAUUUUUGUCAACAUGACUGUGCGGCUGUUUAUUUUUGGCAAAGAUUCCCUUUAUGACACAUUCCACACCAUAUCGGAUGUAAUGUUCUUCUGCCAGAGCCUGGCAGCAGUAGAGGUCUUAAAUGCAGCUUUUGGAGUGGUCCGGACCGGUGUUAUUCCAACUCUGAUACAGGUGGUUGGAAGGAACUUUAUCCUCUUUAUCAUUUUUGGUAGUUUGGAGGAAAUGCAUAACAAGCCAGUGGUGUUCUUCGUUUUCUAUCUGUGGAGUACCAUUGAGAUUUUUAGGUAUCCCUUCUAUAUGCUAGGCUGUUGCAAUACGGAGUGGAAAACCCUCACAUGGCUGCGAUACACAGUCUGGAUCCCACUCUACCCAUUAGGUGUUUUAGCUGAAGCUGUUGCUGUAAUACAAUCCAUCUCCAUCUUUGAUGAGACCAAACUCUUCAGCAUGCCUUUACCAGAAGCCAUCAGUACAUCGAUAAGCUUCUCGUUCUUCCUACGAGUCUAUCUUGUUCUCAUGUUUCUGGGGCUUUUUAUCAACUUCCGUCAUCUUUACAAGCAAAGGAAGAGGCGUUUCCGUUCAAAGAAGAGCAAAUCAAACUGAUUUAGCUCCAAUGACACUUAAACACCUUUGCUGCCUGCUUGUUCCUGGAGAAAUCUUCGAAAUGAUUUUGUUAAAUCAGUUCUAGUUUUUUUUUCAUUUUCUCUUAAUAAAAAAUAGUUUAUGGAUAAAGAUCCAAUGUGAUGCAAUAUUUCAUCGUGACAUUUAUGAUUUGUUACAGUUUAGUUGAGUGAGGACCUGUAGAAAGCCGUAGAACUCCAUGUCCUGUAUAAUACUUUUUACUUUUGUUGUACUUUUUGCUGUAUGGAUUGGAACAUGCAAACUAUUCUGGUGUCAAUUAAUAACCACUGACUUGAGUAUGAAUUAAGAACAUGUCAACAUUUUGAACACCCACUGUUCUUGCUACCAUUCCAGUUUCAGAACUGGUCUGAAAACCUCAGGGAAAGUUUAACAGGUGACUGCUAUAAUACAGAGCAUAAUGUGUAACCCAUGCUCUAAAAACCUCUGUAGCGUUAGAUAUUUUUUAUCUCCUUCAUUUUCUGUAUACUGACAUUUGUUACAAGCAUUUUGAAUACCAGCAGUAACAAACAUUUUCUUAGGCAGACAUGUGAAACUGAAUAAAAAUGACAUUUUAAUCUGGU